AUGGCUGCGGACGCAGCAGCGAAAGGAAAGAGCUUGCUGGUCGCGGGCUCCUCCCAUUAUCUGAGAAGGGGAGAGCCCAAGCCCGACCCCAUGCUCAUCUGGUUUGGCCCGAAUGGCCUAGUCUUCGCAGAGGCCCUGUCAUCAGUGAAGGCUGCUGUUCUAGCUGGGAGAAAAUUAGCGAACGAAGCGUUAGAGGAUAAUGAAAGCAGAAAGCGAGAAAAGGGCAAAUACAGCAAGAGGAAAGGGCGGUUCAAAAGAUCGGAUGGGAGUACAUCCUCGGAUACAACAUCCAACAGCUUCGUCCGCCAGGGCUCAGCAGAGUCCUACACGAGCCGCCCAUCAGACUCUGAUGUAUCUCUGGAGGAGGACCGGGAAGCCUUAAGGAAGGAGGCAGAGCGCCAAGCUUUAGCCCAGCUUGAGAAAGCCAAGACCAAACCAGUGGCUUUUGCUGUCCGGACAAAUGUUGGCUACAAUCCGUCUCCGGGGGAUGAGGUGCCUGUGCAGGGAGUGGCCAUCACCUUUGAGCCCAAGGACUUCCUGCACAUCAAGGAGAAAUACAAUAAUGACUGGUGGAUUGGACGGCUGGUGAAGGAAGGCUGUGAGGUUGGCUUCAUCCCCAGCCCUGUCAAACUGGACAGCCUUCGCCUACUACAGGAACAGACCCUGCGCCAGAACCGCCUCAGCUCCAGCAAGUCAGGUGACAACUCCAGUUCCAGUCUGGGAGACGUGGUGACUGGCACCCGCCGCCCCACGCCCCCUGCCAGUGGUAACGAAAUGACUAACUUAGCCUUUGAGCUAGACCCCCUAGAGUUAGAGGAUGAGGAGGCAGAGCUAGGGGAGCAGAGUGGCUCCGCCAAGACUAGCGUGAGCAGUGUCACCACGCCGCCACCCCACAGCAAGCGCAUCCCCUUCUUUAAGAAGACAGAGCACGUGCCCCCCUAUGACGUGGUGCCUUCCAUGAGGCCCAUCAUCCUGGUGGGACCGUCGCUCAAGGGCUAUGAGGUAACAGACAUGAUGCAGAAGGCAUUGUUUGACUUCCUGAAGCAUCGGUUUGAUGGCAGGAUUUCCAUCACUCGGGUAACGGCCGACAUCUCCCUGGCCAAGCGCUCAGUCCUCAACAACCCCAGCAAACACAUUAUCAUAGAGCGCUCCAACACGCGCUCCAGUCUGGCUGAGGUGCAGAGUGAGAUCGAGAGGAUCUUCGAGCUGGCCCGGACCUUGCAGUUGGUUGCCCUGGAUGCUGACACCAUCAACCACCCAGCCCAGCUCUCUAAAACUUCGCUGGCCCCCAUCAUUGUUUACAUCAAGAUCACAUCUCCCAAGGUACUGCAGAGGCUCAUCAAAUCCCGAGGGAAGUCUCAAUCCAAACACCUCAAUGUCCAAAUAGCAGCCUCGGAGAAGCUGGCCCAGUGUCCCCCCGAAAUGUUUGACAUAAUACUGGACGAGAACCAAUUGGAAGAUGCCUGCGAGCACCUGGCCGAGUACUUGGAAGCCUACUGGAAGGCCACACACCCGCCCAGCAGCACGCCACCCAAUCCGCUGCUGAAUCGCACCAUGGCUACCGCAGCUCUGGCCGCCAGCCCUGCCCCCGUCUCCAACCUCCAGGGACCCUACCUUGCUUCCGGGGACCAACCGCUGGACCGGGCCACCGGGGAGCACGCCAGCGUGCACGAGUACCCCGGGGAGCUGGGCCAGCCCCCGGGCCAUUACCCCAGCAACCACCCACCUGGCCGAGCAGGCACCCUGCGGGCACUGUCCCGCCAAGACACGUUUGAUGCUGACACCCCCGGCAGCCGAAACUCUGCCUACACGGAGCCGGGAGACUCGUGUGUGGACAUGGAGACGGACCCCUCAGAGGGCCCAGGCCCCGGAGACCCUGCAGGGGGAGGCACACCACCAGCCCGGCAGGGUUCCUGGGAAGAGGAGGAAGACUAUGAGGAGGAGAUGACCGACAACCGAAACCGGGGCCGGAAUAAGGCCCGCUACUGUGCGGAGGGUGGUGGGCCGGUUCUGGGGCGCAAUAAGAAUGAGCUGGAGGGUUGGGGACAAGGCGUCUACAUCCGCUGAGAGGCAGGGGCAGCGUUGGGAGAGGAAAGGCUCUGAGCCCGGGGAAGGGAGAGAAGAGGGGCGCACCACCCAAGAUGUAUCUUGCCUCUAGGGGGCGCGGUGUCCCUCAUUUUCAGAUGCCUUUGGUGGUUAUCCCAACUCCUGGGAGGCCCUAAACCCCCAGCUGUAGGUCCUUCCCUAACUGCUGUGGGUGGAUGGAGGAAUACCUACUUUCCGAAGUGCCCCCUUUCCCCAUCUUAGGGGGCUCUCUCCCUCCCAGAGAAAAGGUGCACUC